AUGGCCAAUCACGAUGAUGACCCGUAUGAAGGAGACUACUAUGUUGAAGAUGAACCGAUAGAACCAUACUCACCGGUGCACAUACAGGACCCCCGCACCUUGCCGAACAACCCACCCCCGGUUGUAGUCAGUAACACGGAGCUCCUUAGUGCCCUCCACCGAAUGGAACAAAGUCAAGCGAGCCAACACACCCCGGACCCAAGAACUACGGGAAGGACGCGCCCCCUGGGUAAUCAAGGAGACACGCCUCCCCAAGGCCCACCUACUGCCAAUCAGCAAGCCACACCACCUCCAAUCAUAACUACUGCCAAUCAGCAAGCCACAUCAACUCCACUCACACCCACUCCACAGCAAACUAUUCCCGUUUCCACCACACCUACUCCUCCGACGCAAACACCAACCCAAAUCGUCCAAGCAACCGCUACUCAGACCCAAGCCAACAAUGCGCUUCAGACCCAAGCCAACAACGUGCUUCAGACCACGGUGGCUAACACAAACCUAGCGACCGCUACCCAGACUAUUCCAGGAGUCGGAACGAUCAACCCCGAAGACCUAAAGAAGUUACUGGCCCUUUUGCAAGCUGGCGCCGCCACAGCGGCGCCACAGAUCUCGUCACCAUUUACCGCAGCAGUCCGCGAGGCCCAGCUACCAACCGGUUUCAGAAACCUGAAUGCAGAUCUCCGCUAUCACGGGAAUGCCGACCCCCGCGAAUUCCUGAUCAGAUUCAACAUUGAAAUGGACUUAUAUCAGAUCCCCGACCUGGUCAGGUGUAGGUUCCUAGCGGCAACCCUGAGGGACAGUGCUCAACAAUGGUUUCAGAAGUUGGGAGGAGGGGUCAUCUCCUCUUGGGAAGGCAUGCAGCAGAUGUUCAUGACGCAAUUCCAAGCCGCAACCAAAUACGCUCCACCCGUCACUACACUCGCCAAUGUCAAGCAGCGUGACAACGAGACCUUGACCGCGUACUUCAAAAGGUUUAAUCAAGAGUCCAUGGGAGUGAAAGGAGCCUCAGACGAAACCCUGAAGAACUUCCUUAUCGCUGGACUCAAGGUUGGUACCGACUUCUGGAAGCACCUCCAGGGGAAGGACCCGGCCUCUCUGUCCGAACUAUAUUCCGCAGCCGAAUCCUUAAAAAAGGUAGAACAGUCGCUGGCCGAAAAUCAAAAGGAGAUCGCCAAAUCUAAGUACAAAAGAAAAGAUCGCACUCCCAGUCCAGAACCAAAAGGACGCGCCCGCUCUCUGGGUAGGGUAAAUAUGACUUCGAGUAAAAGGACUUGGAGCCCUCCUCCGAGGCAGUCAGGAGUAUAUACCCCGCUAACAGCCUCAGCUGAACACGUCUAUGCAAUGACCAAGGAUAAGGUGCCGUUCCAGAGACCCCAACCUAUUCCCCAACAUAUAGCCAAGGACAAAAAGAAGUAUUGUGACUUCCACGAAUCAGCAGGACAUAGCACCUCCGAGUGUCGGCAUCUGAAAGAGGAAAUUGAAUAUCUACUCAAAGAAGGAUACCUAACAGAAUGGGUAAAAAAGUAUAGGGCAGACCACCCUCCGGAAAGACGCGCCCUUGGAGCUUCACAGAAUGACAGGGCUGAUGAAAAGCAGAACGAUACUCAAUUUGUAAGAGAAGGCAGCAUAAGAAGCAUAUUCGGGGGACCAUACAUAGGGGGAGGCAGUCGAAAGGCAAUGGAGAGAUACGCCAAAGAAGCGAGAGACUACCCCCUGACCAACGUAAACCACCUAUCAGCUAGGGCCCCGAGAGUGUUCAAAGGAGAAACAAUGGACAUCACCUUCACCGAAGACGAUGCGAAGUGGGUACACCAUCCCCAUAACGAUGCUUUAGUGGUCGCCAUGCGUAUCGCUGCCUUAAACAUUCACCGAGUAUUUGUCGACAAUGGGAGUUCAGUCAACAUCCUCUACUACGACACUUACAAGAAAAUGGGAUUACCAGACAAAGACAUGACCGUAGAGAAUCUCUACAUAUAUGGCUUCGGAGGGGAGGCUAUUAAAGCCAAAGGAACCAUACGCUUGCCAGUCACCCUAGGAGAGGCUCCACGAGCGGCUACUCAAAUUGCCGAGUUUGUGAUCAUCGACCAUCCCUCAGCGCAUAAUGCGCUCAUGGGACGCCCCCUAUUGAAAGACAUGAGGAUAAUCACCUCCAUCUAUCAUCUUACUUUGAAGUUCCCCACUCCUGGAGGAGUUGGUUGUGUGAAAGGAUCCCAAUAUGAAUCUCGCGAUUGCUAUGGCCUGUCACUUAAGAAUUUUCGAGACAGAAGGGGAGCGCCGCCCCACGAGGAACUUCAAUCAGUCCACGCUCUCUACCUCGUUCAGUACCUAGAGAGCGACAGUGAGGACACGCCCAGCGUCUCAUCACUUGGAGGACGCGUCCCACACGAGGGCGAACCCACUCUUGUCGAUGAAUCAAUGUCUGAAGAAUGUGAAGAACAGGUUAUCGAAGUGGAAGAGGCACCUCCGAAGAAAGUCAGAAGAAUGGAUCAACAGGAGAUCAUCAUAGAAAUAGAGGAGCCCUCUCCUCCCAAAGAAGUUUCUAAGGACGCGCCCUCAGAACCAGAGGAAACUCCGCACCAGUUUGAUUUCGACUUAGACCCGAGAUUACCCAUGCAAGUGCAGAAUACAGGGCCAGCUGAGGAUACGAUCGACGUGCAAGUUACACCGGGGAGUGAUGGCAAGAUCUUGAAAAUAGGAUCCAAACUAGGUCCAGAGCACUUGAAUGUCGACCCCUCUAAAAAGGGUGCUAGACAAAAGAGAAGGCCCAUCAGCGGAGAAAGAGCCGAGGCCCUGCAGAAGGAGGUCGAUCGCCUCUUGAAAGCAGGAUUGGUAAAGGAGUCGUUCUACCCGAAAUGGUUAGCAAACCCCGUACUUGUCAAGAAACCCAACGGAAAGUGGCGCACGUGCAUAGACUUCACGGAUCUCAACAAAGCGUGUCCCAAAGAUAGUUUCCCGCUCCCUCGCAUUGACCAACUAGUAGAUUCAACGGCAGGACACGCCCUCCUCAGCUUUAUGGAUGCCUACUCAGGAUACAAUCAGAUUCCCAUGUAUGAGCCCGACCAGGAGCACACCUCAUUCAUCACGGACAGGGGCCUAUAUUGCUACAUUGGAAUGCCAUUUGGGCUCAUCAACGCAGGGGCGACCUACCAAAGAUUGGUGAACAUGAUGUUCAAAGAUCAGAUUGGGAAGACGAUGGAAGUAUAUGUAGACGACAUGCUGGUUAAAUCCAAGAGGGACGCUGGCCACGUUGCCCACUUAUCAGAGAUGUUCGAAAUCCUAAGGAAGUAUAGGAUGAAACUCAACCCGCAGAAAUGUGUGUUCGGGGUAGAGUCGGGGAAAUUCCUUGGGUUUAUGGUUAACCACAGGGGCAUAGAGGCCAACCUAGCAAAGAUCAGAGCAUUACUGGACAUGAAGUCCCCUGCCAACAUUAAGCAAGUGCAGAGUCUGACAGGAAGGAUAGCCGCCUUAAACAGGUUCGUAUCAAAAUCAUCGGAAAAGUGCAAGGAGUUUUUUAAGGCCAUCAAAGGCGCAUCCAAAGAUUUCGAGUGGACGGAGGAAUGUGAGGAUGCCUUUGUAAAAAUCAAGAAGCACUUGGGCGAGCCACCCCUCUUGGCCAAACCUCAGGAAGGAGAGACGCUUGUCCUUUACUUAGCCGUUUCAGACUACUCCAUAAGUGCCAUAUUGGUGAAGGAAGAUGAGGAGGGGCAGUCCCCAAUUUAUUACGUGAGCAAGAGGUUUCUAGACGCAGAGACUCGCUACACGAGUAUGGAGAAGCUGGUAUAUGCCUUGGUACAUGCAACUAGGAAAUUGCGACCAUACUUCCAGGCUCAUAAAGUAGAGGUUAGGACGGCAUUUCCUCUCCGACAAAUUAUGCAUAAACCAGAGGUAACCGGUAGGAUGAUGAAAUGGGCAGUCGAGUUGGGGCAAUUUGACCUAGACUACAAACCAAGGACCGCCAUCAAAGGACAGGCCCUAGCAGAUUUCAUCUUGGAAUUCCCUGAAGAUGGAGAGGAGUCCGGUCUCCUGAUCAAAUAUGAUCCCGGCCUACCACCGCAGCAGGCAGACCCCAAGGAAAGCAUACCCGAACUCUGGUGGAUAUUGCACACAGAUGGAGCAGUAAAUAAUGAAGGAGCAAGAGCUGAGAUAGUGCUCAUAAGCCCGGAAGGACAUAGACUCUUGAACGCAAUUCACUUUACCUUCCAGCUCUCUAACAAUGAUGCAGAGUAUGAAGCCCUAAUCGGAGGGCUAAGGCUUGCCCUCGAAAUGAAGGUGAGAAAGCUUGUUAUAAAGGUCGACUCCAUGCUGGUGGUCGAGCAUAUCAAAGGAGGAUACCAAGCAAAGGGACCUAAAAUGGCGAUAUACCUAAGAUGUGUUCAAGGAUUACUAGAUCAGUUCGAAGAGGUGCAAGUAAACAGGGUACCUAGAGAAUUCAACGGAGAUGCUGACGCUCUCGCGAAGUUAGCAUCUCAGAAAGACCCAGCCUUAUUGGGAGUUAUCCGCCUAGAGAUACAGGAGGUACCUAGCAUCCCCGAGCUUGAGGUAACAAAAAUACAAGACAAGGAUGAAAAUUCUACAUAG